CAGCCUGUUACCGUUUUCACUAUUGUUCUCAAGUUCUGGAAGAGUUGUUUUUUCUACUAGCGGAUGACUAUUCCCUUCCUGAUUUUCUUCGGUGCCAGGUGCUGUGAACACCUCCACUGUGCUUUGUUCACUCACAGUUUGUUCUGAUUUCAAGUUGGUGGAUUUUGUUCUUCCAUGAUCGGCUGUUUCGGAUGUUCCUUUACAUGUCUCACACACCGUUCUCCCCCCGUUUUUCGAGAAAUGGUAGAAUUCCUCCUCAACUUCAGUAGGUUGGCUCAUUGUAUGGCCUGGUAAAUUCGAUACAGAUUCAUUCCCUAGUACAGUGGAAGUCCAAUGAUACUUCAACGUUAAACCUUCAAAGUGACUUAUGUUUGACAACGUACUUCCUUGUUCACUAGCAGAUCCGUUAGUAGACUCCUCACUACUUGGUUUACUUUUUGUUGCUGGUUCCCUUUCAAUUUCCACUGUAUGUUCAGUCUCUUCAUUUUCUUCAGGUGUUGCAGUUUUGAUUCCUUCAACAUUUGUUUCUGUUCUCGACUCUGCAGUUGAAAGAUUGCCCUUCUCACUAACAGUUUCACUAGUAGACUUCUCAGUGCUUGGGUUAUGUUCAAGAAUUGUAGUCUCUUCAUUUUCCUCAGGCAAUGCAGUGCUUCUUCCUUCGAAACCUGUUUCUGUCAUUGAAAUUUCUUCUGAUGCUACUGUAGUUGACUUGUCCUCGUUAGCAGAUUUACUAGUAGACUUCUUAGUACUUGGUUUAUGUUCGGUCUCCUCAUUUUCUUCAGGCGAUGCAGUGCUUUUCCCUUCAAGGCUUUCUGUAAUCGAUCCUCCUGUGCUUUCCCCAGACUGAGACCUUGUUGAAACUUCUGAUUUUUCUGUAAUUGGCAAAUUGCCUUCUUCACUAGCAGAUUCACUAGUAGACUUCAUAGUACUCAGCUUAUAUUCAAGAGAGCUCGUUGACACUUCUGAUUUUUCUGUAGUUGAUAUGUUGUCUUUUUCGGUAGUAGAUUCACCAGUAGUCUUUCUAGUAUUUGGCUUAUUCCCAGCAACUGUAUGUUCAGUCUCUUCAUUUUCUUCAGAUGUUGCAGUGGUUCUUCUUUCAAGAUUUGUUUCUGCCCCCGACACUCCUGUUGUUUCUUCAUACUGAGA